GUCAAAGAAGAAACGCUCAACCAGACAGUUCUUCAACAGCAGCAAACUUGCUUGCGCUCGGCUUUCUGCUGCCUGCCGCAAUCUCCACCGUUUCAUUCAGUGUUCAUCCACUGUAUCGCAAUUCGUCUCGAGGACGCGCAACGUCUUACCCGUCACCCGCAAUGACGGGCUCCCUUGCAAGCAAAUUCCUGGCCGCGGUGGCUGUCUGCGGCACCGUUGUCGCCGCUGCUCCGACGAGCCAAGAUCAAUUCGUCCUCAGACCUGCUGCCGAUCUGACUCGCGUCCACGAAGAGUUGGACAAAGCCAAGGUCAUCCCUACCGUCCUGGACGACUUUGAGCCCAUCAUCGGCGUCGCGGCCGAGUGGUCCUCUUCCAAUGUCGCCGAUCUCGGGAACACCCUGAAGCCUGCCGAUCUCCAGUCUGCGCCGACUGUUGCCAUUGUCAGCGGCUCGUCAAUGACCAGUGUCAUUGCCACGACGUACGUCUUGACUCUCACCGACCCGGACGCGCCUACUCGUAGCAACCCCAUCUGGUCCGAGUUCUGUCACUGGAUCGCCGUCAGCAGCUCCCCUACCAUCUCCUCUGGCAUCGAGCCGGCGGAUCUGGACGAGGUCAUCGAGUACAAGCCGCCGGGACCUCCCCCCAAGACCGGCAAGCACCGCUACGUCUUCACGGCGUGGGUACCGGCCAACGGAACCAAGGAGAAGCUGGAACUUUCGAAGCCGGCGGAGCGCAAGCAUUGGGGAGGCCAGGAGGGGCGCGGGGUCCAGAAGUGGGCCAAGGAGAAUGGCCUCGUUGCUGUCGGUGCCAACUUCAUUUAUGCCCAAAAUGAAAAGCAGUGAUGCACACAAGUGACGCUAUGUUUUGAUGUCGGCCCAACGUGGCCCUAAUGCUGAGGGCGUGGAACCGCAAAAAUCAGAAUGGGUUCGUGAUCACCACCAUGAGGAACUUCGUUAUGCGAGAAUAUAGCUACCAAUACAGAUUGAAUCAUUGCUACUAUGGGCACUCAAUCAUACGUCGAACGAGUUCCAGCCCGAAUCAAUGCAGAA